AUGUCAGCUUGGUUGUUCCUGGGGACUUUCGUGUUCACGGAUGGUGAGGACGAGGAACUGAAUCGAGAACUUGGGGGCCACUUGCUCCAGACCAACUGCUCCUCUGCGCACUCGCGGCAGGCGCUCUCCUGCAAGAUGGCGGUCGAGUUGGACACUUUCCUGCGAGGAUCACACAAAUGGUUUUGCCACGUGGAUGAUGACACGUACCUCAACACGGCCUCGCUGAUGAAGCUUUUGCGGAGAUUCUCUCACCGUGGCGACGUCUACCUGGGCAGACCAUCACUAGACCAUCCCAUGCGCACCCAGCAACAACAGGAGGGUGCUGCUGAGUUCUGGUUUGCGACCGGCGGAGCCGGUUUCUGCCUCAGCCGUGGACUUACUCUGAAGAUGUCUCCCUGGGUCAGUGGUGGAGAGUUCAUGGCAACUGCGGACAAGAUCCGCCUGCCAGACGACUGCACGGUGGGGUUCGUGAGUGAAUGGCUCCUGCGAGUUCCACUCACCCACUCACCACUCUUCCAUUCUCACCUGGAGGGACUGGCUCAGCUGCCCACUGACUCACUCACCAGCCAGGUGAGUAACUCACUCACUCACCUACUCACUCACCCACUCACUCACUCACUCACCCAGUUACUCAGCCACUCACCCAGUCACUCACACAGCCACUCACUCACCCACUCACUCACUCACCCACUCACCACUGUUCCAUUCUCACCUGGAGGGACUGGCUCAGCUGCCCACUGACUCACUCACCAGCCAGGUGAGUAACUCACUCACUCACCUACUCACUCACCCACUCACUCACUCACUCACUCACCCAGUUACUCAGCCACUCACCCAGUCACUCACACAGCCACUCACUCACUCACUCACCCACUCACCACUGUUCCAUUCUCACCUGGAGGGGCUGGCUCAGCUGCCCACUGACUCACUCACCAGCCAGGUGAGUAACUCACUCACUCACCUACUCACUCACCCACUCACUCACUCACUCACCCAGUUACUCAGCCACUCACCCAGUCACUCACACAGCCACUCACUCACCCACUCACUCACUCACCCACUCACCACUGUUCCAUUCUCACCUGGAGGGACUGGCUCAGCUGCCCACUGACUCACUCACCAGCCAGGUGAGUAACUCACUCACUCACCUACUCACUCACCCACUCACUCACUCACUCACUCACUCACCCAGUUACUCAGCCACUCACUCAGCCACUCACCCAGCCACUCACCCACUCACUCACUCACUCACUCACCCACUCACCACUGUUCCAUUCUCACCUGGAGGGGCUGGCUCAACUGCCCACUGACUCACUCACCAGCCAGGUGAGUAACUCACUCACUCACCCAGCCACUCACCCACUUACUCAGUCACUCACCCAGUUACUCAGCCACUCACCCAGUCACUCACACAGCCACUCACUCACCCACUCACUCACUCACCCA